AUGUCGACCUCGAUCGCACAAGGGCUUUUCAAGUCCCUACCGAAGCCCAAAUACACUGGCGAGGAUGAAGAAUUGCCACAGCAUGCGCAACCCCGGGGUCCGCGCGUGGUGGGCGCCGACCAGAUUGAUGAAACUCAAGUUGUGUUGCGGAGGACCGGUCCCCCGCCCUAUGGAAACCGCGCAGGAUGGCGACCACGAGCCGCCGAAGAUUUUGGCGACGGCGGCGCGUUUCCAGAGAUCCUAGUUGCACAAUACCCUCUUGACAUGGGCCGAAAGGGAACAGCUUCAACAUCUAAUGCGCUUGCUCUUCAGGUCGACGCCGAAGGCAAGGUUAAGUACGACGCGAUCGCGCGCCGCGGACACGCCGACAACCGAACCGUCCAUGCAUCAUUCAAGGAUUUAAUCCCGCUCCGGCAGCGGGUGGAUAUGGGAGAGAUUUCGCUGGAAAAGCCGUCCGAGGAGGAAAUCCAGAUGCAGAUGGAAAAGACAAAGGCUGCGUUGACAACCUUGGUGGAAGGAGCUGCAACCGCGCAGAAACCAAAGAACGUGAAGGGCGGGAAAAGAGCCGAGCCGACUUUCGUUCGGUACACCCCAGCAAACCAGAUGGGCAAUAAUGGUCCGCAGAAUGAUCGAAUUAUGAAGAUUGUCGAGAGACAGCAGGAUCCCAUGGAGCCCCCGAAGUUCAAGCACAAAAAGAUCCCCCGUGGCCCGCCAUCCCCUCCGCCUCCCGUUAUGCAUUCGCCGCCUAGGAAGCUUACUGCGGAGGACCAAGAAGCUUGGAAGAUUCCCCCACCUGUGUCCAACUGGAAGAAUCCCAAAGGUUACACCGUGCCUCUGGAUAAGCGUUUGGCUGCGGAUGGUCGUGGAUUGCAAGAUGUCACUAUCAACGAUAAGUUUGCUCAGUUCGCGGAGGCUUUAUUCACAGCGGAUCGCCAUGCUCGUGAAGAGGUGCAGCUCCGAGCUUCCAUGCAACAGAAACUGGCCGAGAAGGAGAAGGCACAAAAGGAGGAGCACCUCCGGCAGUUGGCACAAAAGGCUCGUGAGGAUCGUGCUGGCCCCAGCCAGCGUGAACCGCGUGCUCGCUCCCGCAGCGGCAGCGCCUCCUCAUACUCCAGGUCUCCAUCUCCCCCGAGCGAAGAUGAUGAAGCCGCCCGAGAGCGUGCAGAGCAGCGCCGUGAGCGCCGACGGGAAGACGAGCGAAAAUUGCGCCAGUCUCGCAUGGGCACAGAGCGUCGCAUUCAAACCAUGGCGCGCGAACAGAACCGCGAUAUCUCCGAAAAAGUCGCCCUCGGUCUGGCCAAACCCACACAGAGCUCUGAAACCAUGUGGGACUCGCGUUUGUUCAACCAGACCAGUGGUAUGCAAUCUGGUUUCAACGAAGACAAUCCUUACGACAAGCCGCUGUUCGCCGCGCAAGACGCCAUCAACAGCAUCUAUCGUCCACGUGCCCAGGCCGAUGCCGAUGACGAGGAUGCAGGUGAAGGCGAGAUGAGCAAGCUUGAGAAGACCAGCCGAUUCGAGGUUUUGGGACGCGCCAAGGAAGGAUUCCGAGGCGCUGCUGAUGCUGAGGAGCGUCAAGGUCCUGUUCAGUUCGAAAAAGACACCGCUGAUCCAUUCGGCAUUGACAACAUGAUCGCCGACGUGACUUCUGGUCAAAAGCGCUACGGUAUCCAGGAAGCCGAAGGUGAUGACCGGGGGUCGAAGCGCGCGAGAGUCGAUGAAGACUAA